AACAAAAUCAGACAUCAAUCAUUACCAAGCACAAAAAACAGCAAAAUCCAAGAUCAGAUCUUGCCCCUGUGUACGGUACGAGAUCACCCUCGAGAAGCCUUCGUUUAAAUCUCUGUACCCACUUUUUAUUCAGACCCAGAAGAACAACAUCAUAUCAGAUCCAAAAGCUUCUCUGACAUAUCUGCCUUUUCUUUCUUUUUUUUCGCUUGCUCCUUUUCAACAGCCCCGAGUUUGCACGUAAAAGAAGUUGUGCUUGAAUCAAGAUGGAUCAGCAAGGACACAGUCAACCUCCACCGAUGGGGGUUGUUCCUGCCACAGCUCAAUUGCCCUACGGCACGAUGCCUUAUCAGCCAGGCCAGAUGAUGGGCCCUUCGAGUUUCGCGCCCAUUCAGCCAACUAGUCAGCCUCAGCCGCCUGGAUCCCAGCUUGCACAUAACCAACUGGCCUAUCAGCAAAUUCACCAGCAGCAGCAGCAGCAACUGCAGCAACAGCUCCAGUCUUUCUGGGCAAACCAGUAUCAAGAAAUCGACAGGGUCACUGACUUCAAGAACCACAGCCUCCCGUUGGCCAGGAUCAAGAAGAUUAUGAAGGCCGACGAGGACGUGAGGAUGAUCUCGGCCGAGGCGCCGAUCGUGUUUGCUAGGGCCUGCGAGAUGUUCAUCCUGGAACUGACACUGCGCUCCUGGAACCACACCGAGGAGAACAAGAGGCGGACGCUCCAGAAGAACGAUAUUGCAGCGGCCAUCACCCGGACUGAUGUCUUUGACUUUUUGGUGGAUAUUGUUCCUAGGGAGGAGCUGAAGGAGGAAGUGCUUGGGGCAGUUCCAGGACGAGUGCUGCCUGCCAAUGGGCCCAUGGAUGGGCUACCGUAUUGCUAUGUUCCGCCACAGCAGGUGUGUCAGGCCGGGCCUCCGGGGAUGUUUGUUGGUAAGGGUGUGGUUGAUCCCACCAUGUACCCGUACAUGGCUCAGCAAAUGUGCCCCGAGACAUCAGAGCAGCAGCAAUCUCCAUCAGAUCAUCAGUAGUUAAGAUAUGGAGUAGAGGAGAAAAUAUUCUCUCUCCACUUUUAGGCCAAUUGGUAUCCGAAGAAUGGAAUGAGAGGCCUUCUGAGUUGAUAACAUGAUCCUGACUCGAAAAGAGUGAAGAUUAUGCAUAACAUGAUUGACAAGAGUAGCUGAUCUUGAUUUAGCCUAUGUCACAUUCUCAGUUUUCCUUGUUUUAGUAACCUAAAGAUACCAAAAUAGUGGUCAUUUUGGUAUCUGAUUUGUUUAAAAGGAUCAUGAAUUCAUCCUGCACUAUGUUCUAGACCUUCUUAAAGUGCAA